AAACAAAUACAGCAGUGGUAAUUUCCUCUUCACUUUAAUUCACAAAAAUCAGAACAAAAAACAACAAUAAUUAUAAUAAAAAAACCAAACCAGAGGCCUCCUCUUCCUCUUCUUCCUCCGCCACCGAAUUCUUUCUAUUUCUUUUAAGAAAUAAAUCCACGAAUCUUUUCUGGCACUUUAUUAUCUCUAAAAGUCAAAAAAUAUUUCCACAAUUUAUUUUUCUCUCACAAAAAAAACUGAACUUUCACUGUAUAUAAAAACCCCCCUCUCAUUUCCAACCUUUGUUUAUCAAGAAAGCGAAGAAAAUGCAAAAAUGGGCACAACACUGCCGUUUACCUGGGCCCUUGCAGUCUCAGAUUCAGAUACCCUUUAAGACCUUUUCAAUGGAUCUCGCAGCAAUCUGGUCCAGUUCACUGUGCAUUUACCGCGCCUAGUUCUUCCGUUUUAUUCAAUUAUGUGCUUUUCUUGGUUCAAUUUUAUUUCUACUGUUUUUAUCAGAAUUGUUGUUGAGAUUUGAAAUCGGUAAGGCGCAUAUAAGAACUGGGAGAGUAAAAAUAUUGAAUUUUUGUAAUUUGGGUGUUGUGAUUUUGGAGUAAUGUUGUCUACAAAUGAUCCAAUGGAGUCCUUUAUGAAUUCAAUUCAAGUGGUCAAAGAUGCACUUUCACCACUUGAACUCGGGAUUCGGAAAGCUGCUAAAGAUCUUGAAACUUGUUGGGGGGUUUCAAAGAAUGAUGAUAAGGCAACCCAUGAUCUAGUUACUGAUAAUAGCAGCAAAGUUUCUAUCUUUACUGUGAAAAAUAAGAGUGUUAGUCUUGGAAAUAGUGAGAAUAGGCAGGGUGUGGUUAAUGAAGAGAAAAAGAAAGGAUUUUUAUCUAUUAAGUUUCCUAUUAGGAGUUUGUUGGGGAUGUUUUCUAUGAAUUUGGAAGGUGGGCAUAGAAAUGGAGGUGAUAAUAAGGCUGGGCUUCCGAAGAAAGUCUUGAAAGAGAAGGAAAUGAGUAAUGAAGACGGGUCUUGUGUAAAUUGUUUGCGGUUUGCCAUGACUUUGUCUUUGUUGGUUAAUGGUUUGGUUCAGGCAUUUCCUGGCCCAUUUAAGAUGAACAAGAAACGGUUUCAGAAAGUAGGUGACGAGGAUAAAGAUUAUUUGCAUUCGUCCAAAAAUGGGUCGAAAGCUAAGGUUUCAGGUGAAAUGAAGCUAAGGAAAUCAAAGGGUCAAUCUGUUAAAGGGUACCAGAAUGUGAGUGAGAAGGGUAAGGAGGAGAAACCUGUGUCCCUCGAAUGCUUUAUAGGGUUUCUAUUUGACCAAUUGGCUCAGAAUCUACAGAAGUUUGAUCUGGGUUUACAGGAAAGAGAUAUCAAGGGUUGUGAAAAUGAUUGUUCAACCUCACCUCCAGCAUACUCCCAGUUUGAUCAUUUGAGGGCAAUCAUAAGUAUUUGGGAAGGUCAAAAGGUGUAUGUAGAUGGGGUUUUGGGAAAUUUGAGUUUUGCGAGAGUGGGUGGUGUGCCAUCAAGUAUAGUUGGAGUAUCCUCUUCAGUUAAUGAAGAGGGUGAUGAUGGUGCAAGUAGUGCACCUACCAACAGCGCUGAGGACACAGGGAGUAGUUCACCACAGAAUCUAGCAAGUGGGUUACUGAGCAUUCCGCUAUCAAAUGUAGAGCGUUUGAGAUCCACAUUAUCUACUGUUUCAUUGACGGAGCUAAUUGAGCUUGUGCCACAACUUGGUCGAUCUUCUAAAGACUAUCCUGACAAGAAAAAGCUAUUCUCUGUCCAGGAUUUCUUUAGAUACACAGAGGCUGAAGGAAGAAGAUUCUUUGAGGAACUUGACAGAGAUGGUGAUGGUCAAGUGAAUUUGGAAGAUCUUGAAAUCGCAUUGAGAAAGAGAAAAUUGCCCCAGAGAUAUGCCCGGGAAUUCAUGCGGCGUGCUAGAAGUCACUUGUUCUCAAAAUCAUUUGGGUGGAAACAAUUUUUGUCCUUGAUGGAACAGAAGGAACCAACAAUUCUGCGUGCUUACACUUCUCUGUGUUUAAGCAAGUCUGGGACCCUGCAAAAGAGUGAAAUAUUGGCAUCACUAAAAAAUUCUGGACUUCCAGUGAAUGAAGACAAUGCUGUUGCUAUGAUGCGAUUUCUGAAUGCUGAUACAGAAGAAUCUAUUUCUUAUGGGCAUUUUCGUAAUUUUAUGCUUUUGCUGCCUUCUGAUCGACUUCAAGAUGAUCCCAGGAAUAUAUGGUUUGAAGCAGCAACUGUUGUUGCCGUUGCACCACCCGUGGAAAUACCUGCUGGAAGCGUUUUACGAUCUGCAUUGGCCGGGGGUCUUUCAUGUGCACUCUCUUGUUCUCUUAUGCACCCUGUUGAUACAAUAAAGACUCGGGUGCAAGCUUCAACAUUGGCCUUCCCAGAAAUAAUUUCAAAGCUUCCACAAGUUGGAGUUCGAGGAUUGUAUAGGGGUUCAAUUCCUGCAAUUUGGGGACAGUUUACAAGCCACGGCUUGCGAACUGGGAUAUUUGAAGCUACCAAACUUGUGCUAAUAAAUGUUGCCCCAACACUCCCAGAUAUCCAGGUUCAAUCUGUAGCAUCAUUAUGCAGCACAGUUUUGGGGACAGCAGUGCGGAUCCCUUGUGAGGUAUUGAAGCAGCGUUUGCAGGCUGGCCUUUUUGACAAUGUAGGACAGGCUAUUGUUGGUACAUGGCAGCAAGAUGGCCUAAAUGGGUUCUUUCGUGGGACUGGUGCCACUCUUCUCCGUGAGGUUCCAUUUUAUGUUGCUGGCAUGUGUCUAUAUGGUGAAUCCAAGAAGGUUGCUCAACAACUUUUAAGGCGGGAGCUGGAACCCUGGGAAACAAUUGCUGUUGGGGCUUUAUCUGGAGGCCUAACUGCUGUUAUCACUACCCCUUUCGAUGUACUGAAAACUAGAAUGAUGACGGCGCCACCAGGAAGAACUGUAUCAAUGUCAUUGAUAGCUUUCUCUAUACUCCGACAUGAGGGGCCCCUUGGCUUAUUCAAAGGAGCAGUGCCGAGGUUCUUCUGGAUUGCUCCCUUAGGUGCCAUGAACUUUGCAGGCUAUGAGCUAGCAAGGAAGGCCAUGGACAAAAACGAGGAGGCCACAAAAGUUGAGUAGUUCUGGGUAGAUAUCUAUAACGGCCUUUCUGAAGCAAGAACCCUAUCAACCACAGCCUCCAGUUUUAGAUUUGUGAAUGCUGGUGGAAGAUGUUUUUCUUUUUCUGAGUUCUCAGCAACAGAUGCAUCAAAUUUUAUCUGUCGACAAGCCCUUUUUGCUUUCCUUUUCAGGGUCUCUUGUUAAAGAAUUUUCAAGUUUUGGCAAGAAUAGCAGUUGAUCUGUUUUUGCAGUGAUCUUGUAUUUUGUUCCCAAAAUUUUUUAUUGUACAUUUUUUGUGCA